AUGGCCGAGAAUAUUUUUUGGCAAAAAAUGGUCGAUAAGGAUAUGCGUGUAUCAGUUGAAGUGUUUGCCUUGGAAAAAGUAAAAAAGUUUAAAUUGGUAAAACCGGAUCAUUGGAAUGGCGACGCAAAACAACAACAACAUUUAUUUGAACAUAUAGUUUCGCGUUAUUUAUGGAAGCAUGUAUACGAGGGAUUACCCACGACCCAUACUGGUGUUACAGACGCGCGUGCGUUGAAAUUAUGGGAGGAUAAUUUUGUUAACGAUAUAGCAAUGGGUUGGGGUUCAAUGAUCAAGACAUUUUUAAAAUGUGUCGGCGCGUUUGGUGUUUUAAAACCGGACGAAAUUUUUACCCAGAAAACUAUACCCGAAUUGUUGAAGAUGAAAUAUUAUUUGUUUGAAAUGAAUGCGGGUUCUAAAAUGAAAAUUGUGGACAAACGUUAUAGACAAGUGUGCGAGUUAGUGGAUAUAGUUUAUUUUGAAAGUUUUGCGAGUAUAUUUAGAGAGUAUGCGCGUAAGAUGUAAACAUAUCAAUUACAUGUAUUAACAGUGUGUAGCAGUCACACAUAUUAAUCACGUGUAUUAAGCACGUGUAUUAUUCAUAUGUAUCAACAGUGUGUUGUAAUCAGUUGGACAUAUAAGUAUAAAUUUCACAUUCUUGUACAAACAAAACAACUAAAGCCUAUUGCUGCUGUAUUUAAAAUGUCUGAGUGUGGUAAAGAUUGUGUUUGCAAUAGAUGUGUAGAAAGAAAGGAGAAAUUGAAAGAGUUGUUCGAGGGUGACGCUUGCUGUUUGGCAUAUAAUGAUGAAUGUGAAUGGUUUGAAGAUGAAGAUGAGGAAUUUACAUUUGAUGAGAAUAAUAAUAAUGAAUGGUUUGAAAAAGCAUGGGUCGAAGGGUUAAAAGAACUUGACGAAAUGCAAAACGGGUAUCAACGCAUGCGCAAGGAUGAGGAGAAGCAAACGAAACACAAAAAGUAA